AUGUUUGGAAGCACGCAACCCAAGCCGGCCGGUGGGCUUUUCGGCACAACAACCUCUGCUCCUCAGGCAGGCGGCGUCUUUGGAUCAACUGCGACAACUCAAUCACAAAGCGGAGGACUUUUCGGAUCGACCGCAGCAAGCUCUCAACCAGGUGGAUUGUUUGGAUCUACAGCAACUACUACACAACCGCAAGCAGGAGGGCUUUUCGGGUCUGCGCAGCCCGCACAGAGUGGUGGAUUAUUUGGUUCGACUGCGGCAUCAACACAACCACAAACCGGAGGUCUAUUUGGGUCUGCACAACCUGCACAAAGCGGAGGGCUAUUUGGAAACACAAGCUCUUCACAACCAGGACAGACAGGUGGAUUGUUUGGAUCUUCACAACCUCAGCAGAGUGGUGGACUGUUCGGAAACACCAAUACAUCACAGCCAACUCAGACUGGUGGAUUAUUUGGUGCCUCUAACACAGCAUCACAACCUCAGCAGACUGGGGGGAUGUUUUCAGGUCUCGCGGGACAGCAGAAUCAACCAACUGGCGGCUUAUUCGGAGCUGCAAAUCCAACACAACCCGCUCAAGGUGGUCUAUUCAACAACAUGAACAACCAGAAUCAGAACAAGCCUUCACUAUUUGGGUCGUCUGCACAAGGUGCUGGUCAACUCAAUCAGAACACUGGUCAAGGCCUUUUCGGAAGCACAUUGGGAGGCGGUCUUUCUUUAGGACAAUCAAAUCAACAACAGCAGACAGUUCCGGGCGUGCGAGUAGAUCCCUCCCAAAUCCGAGGCACAACAAGAUUCAACGACCUGCACGAAGAGCUGCAGAAAGAAAUCACCAAAUUCGACGACAUAAUCCAGGCGCAGAUCCAGUUGAAGAAUCAGUGUGAUGCAAUCAUGACAGCCCACGAUUCACAAUUAGCACAAGUUCCCACCGAUGUUGAGUUCUGCAGACGAAAGUUGAUCGGAGUUGAGAAUGCUGCGGAUUCUGAUGUUCAGGCCAUUUCUCUGGCACAGAAGCUUGUCAAGACGGAUGCUGAGCACGCCAAGUUGAGCUUCAAAGCUAUCGACAACUUGAAGCUUCCGCCACAAUACCACAACUCGAACAUCUGGUCCUCUAAAGCUGUUAGUGGCUCGCAGACCCAGUCUAAUGGAGAUGCCGAAGCACAGGAUAUCGUCAGUUUCUUCUCUUCAACUGCAGACGAGAUCGCGAGCACUUUGUCGAGCUACCAGAAGCACAUGAUCGAAAUCGAGCAGCAUCUCCGGAAUGUUGAAGCCAGCUCAGUCUCCCAACAAAGCGAAUUUCUUGCGAGAAAGAACGGCGCAGGUAUCGGACAAGAUGACCCUAUAGAGCAACUUACAGGUGCAUUGACGGAGUUCGAGAGCAGCUUAUUGGGCGUGGCGGGACGAGUUGGUGGUGCCAGAGAAGGUCUACAAAGUCUGCAGCUUGGUAAAUUUACAGGCCCUCCUACUACGACAAGAAGUGGAUACAGGAAUGGCGUCUACUGA